UCUCUGCGCUAAGACCCCCUCUGGGGGUUUCACUCCUCCUCGCCUCCUCGGACACGACAAACAUCCUUGUAUUUAACAUCAAUUUACUUUUUUUUACUUAGGUUUUGACUAAUGUAAUCAACUAUAGACAUGUAAUCAACCUGUUUACUAUCGUUCCACAGCCUUGCCUUUCAGUUUGACACGCUCACCACGCCCUCUUCGAUCGCUACGUGAGAAGACGAUACUACAGAGGAGUCUCUGGCCUUGUGCUAGUGUGCUCUUCGCGUCCCGUUUGCUUAUUUUAGUUUAAUUACUGUGGCUUGUUUUGCGGGAAAAUGAAGUGUGGACUGCUUGUAUUAGCUCUUUUUAUUGAGAUCGCUUUGCAUUCGACCACACCAUUUUCCUUUCAGGAAGGAUUUCAUCUUGAGGGAAGACGUGUGAAAAGAGAGCAAUGCCAGCAUGGUCUUUAUGAUCACGAGGGGAAAGAAUGCUGUAAAUGUCCACCUGGUCAUUAUGUCACAGUGAACUGUGGCAAAGAUAAUAAGACAAAGUGUGAGCAGUGCCAGGAAAACACGUACUAUGAAGAACCCAAUAGCAGGAUGGAAUGUGAGCGGUGUAGAUCAUGCAAUGCAAACGUGCAUCAGAAAACAGAAGAGACGUGUACACCAUUACGUAAUACAAAAUGCAAGUGUAUGGAAGGAUAUUGGGGGGUCUGUCAGGACACCUGUCAGUGCCAUCCUUGUGACAAAUGCGAGGGCCACAAUAUCCUUGCACCCUGCACAGACACAAAGAACACUGUGUGCAGAGAACCCACUGGUGACAUCCAUCAUAAAUGGAUUAUUCCAGUCAUAACACUUGUACUUGUACUUGUACUUGUACUUGUACUUGUACUUGGAUAUUUCUGGAUGAAACGGAUGGUCUGUUUUAGCGGAGUUGAGAAGUGUCCAGUUGAGUUGACUGAAUUUGAGCCCAUCCCAUUAAUGCCAGGUGUCGACCUCUCGAACCACUUGUACGACAUUGUGGAAGAACUUGGCCCGCAGCUGGUUAAAGAGCUGGCAGUUGGAUCUGGCAUCAAAGAGGCACAGAUACAGAUGCACAUUAAUGAACACCCACACAAUGCUAAGGAGCAGUGUUACAGCAUACUGAGGGACUGGUACGAAAAAAAUGGGCUGAACCAAGCUUUUCCAGAGCUCAUGAAGUUCCUGCGAAGAAACGGGAAAAACAUUAAUGCAGAUAGACUUAACAAGUUAAUUAUCCAGAAGACCGAAGAAACUGCACGUGUAAAUAUGGACAAUCCUGAGCAGCCCGCUUAGCACUUUUAAACAUUUUUAAACCUCUGCAUUUGAUAAAUGUUACAAAUGUAACAUUAUUAGAAAACUUGCUUAAUUAAAUCAAUCAAUGCUUAAUUAAAAUGAUUUACAGAAGAGCCAGGUGGACAGCUCAAGGCAUAUUGUGUACAGCCAAAAAGAUAAAAGAGUAGCUAAAUUAUGGCAGUAACAACAAAACUGUCGUAAUUUGUACGGUUUGUACUGCCUUUCCUUUUUUGUUUCUCAAAUAUUCCAGUGUCAUAUUUCCUGAAUUUGAAUAUGUGUCAUUGUUGGAAUCUCACCAAAAAAAUAUUUGGGAAUACCAUGUUGCACGUGAAUGGUUUUAAGGUGCAUAUGAUUCAGUAAAUUACAAGCGUGCAUAUUUUAUACUGUGUCAUCUAUGGCAUGCUUAACUGAUGGAUCCUACCUCCACUGCAGAUUACAUUAUUUGAGGAUGUUUUUUUAACAAAAGUAGCACACAACUGAGGAAGCAGGGCCAGGCAGUCCCUAAAACUUUUGGGGUUAAGGACUUUGCUGAAGUGACGACAGCGACAUCGCACGGCCCCCCAUGGGAUUUGAACCACGACCAUCUCCUAACUCACAGAGCCAGACACCAUGUCUGUGAAAACUUGCACAAACUGUAAUAUUUAUUCAUUUAAAUUUUAUAAGUAAAAAUGUCUGAGUAUAAGGUGUUUUUUUGUGCAAUUAUUUUUAGAUUAGCAGUAACCUCAAAUGUGAUAUAUGAAAUUAUUUUAUUAUUGUGUUACAUAAAGUGUUGUUUAGACCUUGAUGUUUACAUUUAGCUGCUUAACUGUAAAUCUUUUUAUUUAAAGCAACUUUCAGUGUUUGUCAUGCCCCGCUCAUCCGAUCCCCUUGUGCCACGCCCCCUCCCCCUCGCCACCUUGUGUGGAAUCCCUGUGUCACCAGCUGUGUCCAGUUUUGUUCAAUGUAGUCUGGUAUAUUUAAGUACCUCCCUGUUUGUCUUCUCCCAGUCCUGUCAUUGACGUUACCGCCUGUUUUGUCCCGUGUGUCUGACUGUUUCCCCAGUAAAACCCUUGUUUCCCCAAUAAAUCCUUUGCUUCCCCGA